AUGCUUCCAAGGACUGGCUGGAAUCGGAAGUGCACUGUCAUCACGGCUGUUCUGUUAGCUGUUACGGUGGGAUUUUUGGUCUGCAUGAGACUAUCGCAAUGGGAUCUCAGUUUAUACGUAAGUGGAGGGUCUUGGAAAAAAGGAGAUUCUAUGGAAAAAGGCAGAGAAAGAUCAAAAGUAUUGCAAUUUCAACAGUCAUCGUGAAAAAUAAACUUGAAUUUUAUGUCAUUCUCAAAACUAUGAGCCUCUUUUGGUCUUACCAACAACAUAAACACCGAUUUCGACACUGAAAACAUUUUGAAACAAGGCUGAUUUCACAAGUCAUAGCUGCAUCUAUUUAUAAUAUAAUUGUUGUGAUUUGUGUUUCGAAUAGAAAAACAGAGUGUUAAAUAUCCUAAAAUAAUACUUUUAGAUCUACAACAUUGACCUCUACACACCGCUCUGUUUCUUCACGCUGAUGUUCUUGUUGAUCAGCCUUCUGGAGUUCAAGGCCCUACAGGACAUUGCUGUUUUCCCAUUCGUUUCGAGGAAGUCCUACUUUAUCCUCCUCAAUUUUUGUAAGUUUACUAAAAAUACUGUAGUUAAAAAGCUUUCCUGUUUUGAUUUCUUUUCACAAAACAGGGUGUUUUACUAUUACCACAUUCCAGACAAAGUCCUGUUCACAAUUUUCUUUUUGUCGACGGUUUUCCUGCCCUUCGGAGUCAUCUUUCCCCCUCUGGAUGCGUGCAAGACCUCCUAUUUCUUGGCUGUGAACACGGUUGUUUCAUUCCUCUGGAUGAAAACUUACAUGAAACAAUGGGAGGCAGUAAGUUGUCUUCGGAAGAAAGGAGAUUAGUUGAAAUCGAAUUUGUGGUCAUAACUUUCCAGACCUUCGCUUGGGAAAUGAUUACUCUGAGCGUAGGUGUUGAAUUUUCCAUUCUAAAUUGAUUACCAUGGUUUGGCUGGAGGCUUAAGAAAUUAUGCCAAGGCAAGCCUUGGUACCCCCAAGAGAUUCUGCAAAGCGUAAGCUAAAAAUGUCGCAGUAGCCUUAAAAAAUUUUGAGUUUUAUUUGCCUUCAUCGCAAUCAAUGCUCCACACUUUGGGCAUCUCCUCUACAUAAGCCAAUGGACCACAAUUGAGUUAUCCUUUGCUUUUCCAGAUCACGCGUUACAUCGUGGAGAUGAUAAUGCUCAACCAGAUCAAUGGUACUGAAAUCUCCGUCGACGAUGCACUCCAAUCCUACAGAACAGAGUACGAAGGCCUUAUCGCCGACUAUCAUCGAACCCAUUGCUCCGAGUUCUCGAGAAUGAAGCAACUUCUGGUGGAACGGCAGUUUUUUGAGCUCCAAAGGAUGAUGGUGGCCUUCAGAAAAGAACUUGACUCUGCGACUUUGAACAAGCCAGAACUAGAACGGCUCUACUGUGAGAUGUUGAGGGUCAGCCAAUCAUUUUGUCUGAAGAUCGAGCAUGACAUUGCAAUCAAGAGAGCGGCCGAAAAUUGGCAUCUGUGGAAGCGGCCGAAUGAGAAGACGGUUAGAAUUGAGAAUACUGCGGUGUUAGAGAUCAACAAUGAUCUUGCUAAGACAGUAAUCUGA